UCUCCGUCUCACGUCUGUGACCCACAGAUCUGUGACCUGUGUUCAGUCGCAGUCUCGCAGAAUCUUGUUGUCAACGUUGUGGAAGUGCCUGUAUUUUAUAUAUAAAUGCAUAAAACACUUCUUAAAAUCAAAUACCGACCCGCACUCAAUCAGUGAAGAUGGCGGCAGAGCCAACUAAGAACGAGAUUGUAUUUGCUAUUGUAGCCUAUUCACUAUGUUCUGGAACACUGCUUCUUCUAAACAAGGUAGUGUUGCACUUUAUACCUCUGCCCGCGUUAAUCACCCUGUGCCAACUGGUGAUGGCCAUAUGCAUUGUAUAUGGUAUCAAAACCCUCAAGCUGGCGGAGGUCAAUGAAUUCGAUCUGGAGAAGCUCGUACCGUACGCGUACUACACCAUUGCCUUUGUAUCAGGCAUCUACGCUAAUAUGCGCGCGCUUCAGACGUGCAACGUGGAAACCGUUAUCGUUUUCCGUGCCCUGACCCCUCUGGCGGUGUCGUUUUUAGAUUUCGCAUGUUUGGGAAGAGAAAGUCCUUCUGCGCGGUCGAUGAUCUCUAUGAUAAGUAUAGUUAUUGGAGCUGCCGUGUAUGUAUCUGAUGACAUGGAAUUUGCGGUUGAAGGCACUGCGGCGUAUACUUGGGUAAUUAUAUACUUCCUAGCCAUCUGUGCGGAGAUGACAUACGGUAAAAAGCUGGUUUCUGACGUGGACUUGACACUUUCUGGGUCGGUGCUGUACACCAACACGCUUGCGAUCCUCCCAUUCCUAUUUUUGUUCCUGUCCACCAGUGAAUUGUCCGUGCUUACCACUCAAGCGCCUGUGGAGUCCUGGCCUUUCCUAGGCUGGGUGGUACUUGUGGCCUCCGGUGUAGUUGGGGCUGGUAUUGGGUAUUCGGGCUGGAACUGUAGACACAAGGUUUCAGCUACGAGCUUCACAAUCAUCGGUGUCAUCAACAAAUUCUUGACGGUGAUGUUGAACAUCAUCAUCUGGGAUAAGCACGCGAGCACUAUCAGUCUGUGCGGAUUAAUUAUAUGUUUAGUGGCCGGCUCUUUCUAUCGACAGGCACCACUUCGUGAGCUGCACAGUAAGGGAGUAAGCAAGGCGUGAGCUUCGUAAGUACACGCACAACUUGUCGGAGAGGAGGGCAGUCAGCUUCUGCCCACAGACCUUGAGUGGGAGCACUCAGCGGAAGGUGGAAUUGGACCGUACGAAGUGCACAACAUAGUCGGAAAGUUUCCAAGAAUUGAGUAUUUGAAAUAUAGCAAUAAAAAGUUUCUGAAAGUUUUCUGAAAGACACGCUGCA